UGUAGUGGAAAUAAUGUGUAAAGACAUACAAAACCAAACAUCAUUAAGUCUGACUUGUUAUUGGUGAAUAACAAACUGACGUAGGUUAGAGGAGGAACAUGAGCAAAAAAAAAAAAAAAAAACUCACACCUAAGCAGUUACAAUCAAGGAAUGGAAUUCAGUUUUGUCAUCAUGGGCCUAAGAUUAGCUUUGAGCUUGUUGACACUGAUGUUAGUGGUUGGUCUGGGUGGGUCGGUGAAUGGUCUGAGUCAAAGGAUUUUGCCUAAAGAGGUUCUGAAUGGUGCUGGUGUCAGUACUGAGGAUUCAUCAACAAAAUGUACCCUGCAAGGUACAGCUCGUUUACCUGCAUUUUCAAUGGAUGGUGACUUUGUUAUUGGAGGUGUUUUCUCCAUGCACUACAAACUGCAAACAGUGAUUUACAACUACACCACAAAACCUGAAGCUUUAAGAUGCACAGGGAGCAUGAAUGUUCGUAAUCUGCGGUUUUGUCGCACAAUGAUUUUUGCUAUUGAGGAAAUAAACAACAGUACAGAACUGCUGCCGGGGAUCAAACUUGGAUAUCAGAUCUAUGACUCGUGUUCCUCUGGGCCCGGGGCAGCAAAUGCAGCAUUUCAUUUAUCUAAUGGUAAAGACCCAGUGUUUUAUGAAGGCAACAAUUGUUCCCAAUCUGGAGUGGUUAUGUCUGUUGUUGGUGAUUCUGGAUCUUUGGGAUCCAUCAGCAUAUCGCACAUCAUUAGGGCCUUCAACAUCUCACAGGUGAGUCAUUUUGCCACCUGUGCCUGUCUGUCAGAAAAGCAGCAGUACCCAACUUUUUUCAGAACAAUUCCCAGUGAUCAGUUCCAAGUUGAUGCCCUGGUAAAGCUGGUGAAACACUUUGGCUGGACUUGGAUUGGUACUGUUUACUCAGAUACAGAUUAUGGAAAUUAUGGCAUGGCAUCUUUUCUUCCGGCUGCAAARAAAGAGGGGAUCUGUGUGGAGUACUCUGAAUCCUUCUAUCGAACCGACCCACAUAGCAAGAUCCAAAGAGUGGCUGAUGUUAUCCGCAGGUCAACAGCACUUCUUGUUGUGGCUUUUUUUGCUUCUGGAGAUAUGAAGGCACUGUUAGAAGAGCUGGCUCUGGAGCCUUCACCACCUCGUCAGUGGAUAGGAAGUGAGGGAUGGAUAGCCGAGCCAGUCUUCACGAGUUAUAAUUUCUGUGCAGGAGCCAUUGGAGUUGCUAUUCCGAAAUCUGUUAUUCCAGGUCUGAGAAACUUCCUGUUGGAUCUCUCUCCCACUGAAGUAGCUGCUUCCUCAAUGCUUACUGAGUUCUGGGAGGAAGCGUUCAACUGCAGACUUACAAAAAAUGCUGAUUCAGACAAGAAAGUGUGUGAUGGAAAUGAAGAUAUUAAAACACUAAUAAGUCCAUACACUGACACAUCUCAGCUAAGAGUUUCUAACAUGGUGUAUAAGGCCGUUUAUGCAAUAGCUUAUGCCAUUCACAAUGCAGUGUGUCAGGAAACAAAUCUUACCACUCAGUGUAACACAAACAUCAAAUUGGAGCCCCAACAGAUUUUUAGUGUGCUAAAAAAUGUCAACUUUUCACGCAAUGGUUAUCCGGUGUCAUUUGAUGCUAAUGGUGAUCCUGUGGCUUUUUAUGAGCUGGUCAACUGGCAGAAGAGUGAAAGAGGAGUCACUGAGUUGAUAACAGUAGGAUAUUAUGAUUCAUCACUGCCUAAAGGCCAGGAGUUGCAGGUUAACAGGAACAUAUCUUGGGUAGAAGGUGUCACACAAGUUCCAGUGUCAGUGUGCUCUGAGAGUUGUCCUCCAGGAACUCGUAAAGUGCUGCAAAAAGGAAAACCCAUCUGCUGCUACGAUUGUAUACCAUGUCCUGAAGGAGAGAUCAGUAACAUGACAGAUUCUCCUGAUUGCUUCCAAUGUCCUGCAGAAUAUUGGCCUAAUGCAGAAAGAGAUGCUUGUUUACCCAAACCUGUGGAGUUUCUGUCAUUCGAUGAAGUCCUAGCAAUCAUCCUGGCUGCAUUCUCUAUUUUUGGAGCCUGUCUGUCCAUAAUAACAGCAGUUAUCUUCGUAAGUCACAGAACAACACCAGUUGUUAAAGCCAACAACUCUGAGCUGAGCUUCUUGCUGCUCUUCUCUCUGACUCUGUGUUUCUUAUGUUCAUUAACUUUCAUCGGAGCUCCCUCUGAGUGGUCCUGCAUGCUGAGACACACAGCAUUUGGCAUAAUCUUUGUUCUCUGUAUCUCCUGUGUUCUUGGGAAAACUGUUGUGGUUUUAAUGGCCUUUAAAGCUACACUUCCAGGUAGUAAUGUCAUGAAAUGGUUUGGACCUCUACAACAAAGAAUGACUGUUGUGUUUUUAACCGCCAUUCAAUUUUUAAUAUGUACUGUUUGGUUGGUUCUCAAUCCUCCAUUUCCAAUGAAAAACCUGAGCACAUACAAGGAGAAGAUCAUCCUGGAAUGUGCAUUAGGCUCUGCUGUUGGCUUCUGGGCUGUGCUCGGCUACAUUGGCCUGCUGGCUGUUUUUUGCUUUGUGUUAGCUGUUCUAGCUCGGAAACUACCUGAU